CUUUCAUGCUUUUCGUCCUUUUUUGUUUGCGAAUAAUGUCACGUUCAAAAACAAUAUUGCUUUUAAAGGAAAAACAAAUACAAGCUGAUUCAAACGUAGAUAUUUAUGAACAAAAAUUCCGUGAACUAGGAAAUUAUAAAAUACUUUAUUUACCGCUUCUCGAACACUCUUUGGUUAAUAUAAAUGAAUUAACUAAUAUAUUAAAGAAUGAAGCAGACAAUAAAUAUAGAGGGGUAAUAACUACUAGUCAAAGAGCCGUUGAAGGACUUAAAAUAGCAUGGGAACAAUCAUUCUUUUCUUCUGAUUAAUUAUUUUUAUAGAUGAGAAAAAAGAUGUUUUAGACAAAUGGAAGAAAUUACCAUAUUUUGUUGUUGGUAAAUCAACAGCAAAAGCAAUAAGAGAAUUGAAUGUUAAUCCGUUUGGAGAUGAAUCAGGAAGUUCAGAAAUAUUGGCAGAUUACAUAAUAAAAUAUUUUAGUUGUUCUUCGCAAGAAAGAGAAAAUUCUCAACAAUUAAAAUUAUUAUUCCUUGUAGGAGAUAAAAGAAAAGAUUAUUUACCAAAUAAAUUGGUAGAAUCAGGAUUUAUUUUAAAAGAAUUAUUAAUUUAUGAGAC